AUGUAUCGUACAUGUAUAUAUUCUAUACUAUUAUUUAUUAGUGUUCAAUAUUUCAUUUUUGUUCAUAGUCAAUGUCCAUCUAAUUUCUUAAUAGAACCAUGUUUGUGUAUUGAAAGCAAUACAUCAAAUGAUCAAACAAUACUCUAUUCAACUCUAACAGAAUCGAUUCCAAUUCGUCAAAAAUCAAUUGUUUGUGAGCAUGUUAAUAAUUCAUCCUUCGAUUUACGUUCUAUUUUUAUUAAACUUAGUAUCAUAUUAACAACAAAUAAUCAACCGAAUAAUAUUACAAACUUUAAUGACUUUCUUUUACAUAAUACACAGAUUAAUCAUUUACCAGAAAAUGUUUUUGGAAAUAUUACUUUUUCGAAUAUUUUAUUAUAUCAUAAUUCAUUAUUAAAUUCAAUUGAUGUUAAUGCAUUUAAUAAUGCACGAAAUUAUGUUGAAGUAUUUAGAACUUUAAAUACAAGUUUAUCAGAUAGUGAUAUAUUAUUUACCAUAAUAAAAAAAUUUCAUAAUUUAAAAUUUUUUAGUAUGGAAAAUGAUAAACUACAAUUUAUUCCAGAUUAUGCAUUCAAUCAUACUCAACUUCGAUAUAUAUGGUUAGGUGAUUAUUUUAGACAAACAUUACAACCACUUGAUCACAUUGGUAAAUAUCCAUUUUAUAAUGUACCAAAUUUAAUAUCAUUACGAAUUUUUUCACCUUUAUUAACAAAAAUUGGUAAAUAUUCAUUGGCUAUCAAUAGACGAUCAACAAUACUUGUUGAUGAUUUGAAUCAUAUGUUAUUUAUUGAUAUUGGUGGUUCAAUGUUAAAUACUGCUAGUUUUGAACCAACGUCUCUUACUCGUUUUCGUAAUCGACCAGUUUUUUUACGUCUUUACAAUACAAGUAUUGAUUAUUUGGAUGAAAAAAUAUUUCAACCUUUUCUUGAAACACAUCCAUCAUCAUUAUUAGAUGUUCAAGAUUCAAAUAUUAGUCGAACAUGUGACUACAGAUCAUUAUGGGUUAAAGAUGAAUAUUGUACAAAUAUCAAUUGGCGUGAAAAUCGAGUAUAUGGAACUGCGUGUUGUUCGUUGUAA